ACAAUUUUGACCUCUAAAAAUCCCGUUCCGAAAUCUAUUCAUACAAAGAUCCAAUCUUUAUCAUAAAAUCUGUAUUAGAUUAUCAAUUUAUCAUACAAAAAUUAAAAUCCUUAUUUUAUUUUUCUGCACAAGUAUUUUGAAGUAAAAAAAAUUGGCGAUUGUUCGAGUGUGGAGUCAAGAAAGCCGGUUAAUUUAGUCUCUGUUCAAACUACACCAACUCACACACACUACACACAGUGAAACACCCCCCACCCCACCCACCCCCACCCCCACCCCCACCCCUUCUCUAUAUAUAAGCGACAAGGAGCUUUGCUGGAGUUUCAUUCUCGCUUAAUAUAUUCUUUAUUGGCUGCUCCAUUUUUAUCAGGCUUUGAUCUUGCUCAAAAGUUGAUCAUGGCACCAGAAGCUGCUUCAAUCAACCCAAAAGAUGUUUGCAUCGUGGGUGUUGCUCGGACACCUAUGGGUGGUUUUCUCGGUUCACUCUCAUCAGUACCGGCAACCAAGCUUGGAUCCGUAGCUAUUCAGAGUGCUUUGAAGAGAGCAAAUAUCGAUCCAUCACUUGUACAAGAAGUUUUCUUCGGGAAUGUACUCAGCGCAAACUUAGGACAGGCUCCUGCCCGUCAGGCAGCGUUGGGUGCCGGGAUCCCGAAUUCAGUAGUCUGUACAACCAUCAACAAAGUCUGUGCCUCUGGAAUGAAAGCAACUAUGCUAGCAGCGCAAAGUAUCCAGUUGGGUCUCAAUGAUGUUGUAGUGGCCGGUGGCAUGGAGAGCAUGUCUAAUGUCCCAAAAUACAUCGCAGAGGCGAGGAAAGGAUCUCGACUUGGACACGACUCUCUUGUUGAUGGAAUGCUGAAGGACGGACUCUGGGAUGUUUACAACGAUGUUGGCAUGGGUGUCUGUGCUGAAUUAUGCGCUGAGCACCAUAGCAUUACGAGAGAGCAGCAGGACGAUUUUGCUGUCCAAAGUUUCGAGCGUGGAAUUGCUGCUCAAGAUGCCGGUGCCUUUGCGUGGGAGAUUACUCCAGUCGAAGUAUCCGGUGGGAGAGGACGACCAUCCACCAUUGUUGACAAGGAUGAAGGUCUUGGAAAGUUUGAUGCUGCAAAGUUGAGGAAGCUAAGACCGAGUUUCAAGGAAACCGGUGGAACUGUCACAGCCGGCAACGCUUCUAGCAUAAGCGAUGGUGCCGCUGCUCUUGUUUUAGUAAGCGGACAGAAAGCUCUGGAGCUCGGGCUUACAGUCAUUGGAAAGAUCUCCGGAUAUGCUGAUGCCGCUCAUGCCCCGGAACUGUUUACGACUGCCCCGGCUCUUGCAAUUCCCAAGGCACUCAAGAAUGCUGGUUUGGAAGCAUCUAAAGUGGACUAUUACGAAAUCAAUGAAGCUUUUGCGGUCGUGGCUCUUGCUAAUCAGAAGCUAUUGGAUCUUAGUCCAGAAAGAGUUAACGUACACGGUGGAGCUGUGUCUCUAGGACAUCCUCUCGGUUGCAGUGGCGCUCGUAUCUUGGUCACUCUUUUGGGGGUUUUGAGGCAAAAGAACGCAAAGUAUGGCGUUGGUGGCGUUUGCAACGGAGGAGGAGGCGCCUCGGCCCUUGUCUUGGAACUCGUGUAAUCCUACCUAGUUUGUGAUUUCGUUGGGACGACGCGACUGGCAGCGGAGCAGCCUUUGAAGAGAUGGAGAAAGCAGAGUGAAUUAGAUUAAUCUGUACCAUCUUUCAGUCUUAGAUGAGGUUUUUACUGUGUUUAUUUUUCUUUCUCUUCAGCCAAUAAAUUUGACUUAGAUAGAUAGUAGAGAAGAGUGUGUGUAUCUGAAUCAUAUUGCUGUGUGUACUUUUAUCUCCCAAUAAAUGUUACUCCUAUCUUUAUCUCUA